UGCGAGGAGCAUAUACAUAAAAAUGUGUACAACUCAUAACACUUUAAUCCCUGAGAGUGACUAGCAUCUAAUUUCUCCAUUCAAUACACCCCUGAGUCACACAUUAAGGUCAAGAGAAUAAAGGAAAUGAUAAUCAACUGAAGAACCUCUUGAUUGUUAAACAAAUUCUCCUUGCCAGCACAUAAGGGAAUAUAUAGAGAACAGUUUGGAGAAUAUGCAUUCUGAUAUUGGAGUGUAAAGGGUUAAAGACAUCAUGUAAUCAGUUAUAUAUAUGUAGAGUACUGCUUGAAUAUAUGAUUGCAUUAAGUACAAAUGCCAAGUAAACAUCAUUCUGUGGUCUUCUACUCUUUCACCCUGAAGGUUGCCUUGUGUAACAAAAAAGAAACCUUUUUAAAUACACCUCUACAAUGGUAGGUUCACACAACUGACAUGUAUGAGUGAAGCAUGUCAAGCAUUAAGGUAUGAUUGUCAAUUUGCCUUUUAUUACUUGCAAACAGCUUACUUCUAUCAGCUUUAAAAACGUCUUAUCCCCACUUUCAAAGAAAAGCAUUUCCCAUGAAAAUUUAAGCAUUAAAGACAUAAGCUACCAGCAACAGGUUUUUCCAUUGCAAGUGUUUCAUAUCAUCAGAUUAUCAUCACAUUUUUUUUGUUACUGGUACAUUUGAAAGCAUAGGAAUAUUUUAAUCAUUACAAUAUGUUGAAAUCCCCCAUUUUAACCCUUUAACUCCCAUAAGUGACCAAGAAAGAAUUUCUCCUUACAAUAUCAAAACAAUAUCAAGCAGACAAGUGAUGAGAAUAAAGAAAAAUAUCAGUUAGGGGAUUAUCAGAUGAUCCAAUACUAAAUCCUCCAAACUAACAUCACAAGAACUGUAUAGGAGAUAGUAAGUAGAAUAAUUAGUAAUUACUAAUGAGAUCUUGGAAGUUAAAGGGUUAAGUCCCACUGUUAACCUAGACAGAAUUUCUCCUUACAAUAUUAGUAUGACAAAGCAGACAAGUAACAAGAAUUAAGACAAAUAUCAAUUUGAGGAUUAUUGGUUGAUCCAAUUCCAAAUUCUCAAAUUUAAAAUCACAAAGCAGACAGUAAGGAGGAUUACUUAUGAAAUUUUGGGAGUUAAAGGGUUGAGACACAUAUGGUAAUUAUUUGAACAGAAAGGCAGAAAAUAAAUAUAAGAGUAUACGCCAGUAAAGUGCUCUUAUGUAAAAUGAAUUUUCAAACUCAUUGAAAUUAAGUUGACUUCAUAAUUCAUAUCUUAGUUAAAGAAAUGUGCAAUAUCUCUUUACAAGGAUGAAAAGGGAAUGCCAUUUAUGAAUUUUAAAAUAGUAAAUGCCAAAAACAAAAAGAUAAAAUUUAAAAAAAACUACUAAAAUAUAGCAUAUCUAUUCACUGAGGUUUUAAUCAUUAGCUGUCACACAGAGAUAUAAAAUAGGGUUUCUAAAAAAAAAAAGGGCAAUAAAAUUAAAGAUUCAGGAGAAGCAUAUGAUUUUAACUUGUUUACUGAUGUUCUCACCUGAAUUCCAUCUCGAAUGAGAACUCUGCAAGACUUCUGUUUUAUCUUGAAUUCAAACAUAAAAUUCAAUUAUUUGCCGGCAGAUUAAGGAGGAAAUUAAAGAAUGGAUACAUGUUACAUAAAAAGAAACCCCUUACAAUAAAAUAAAGCAGAAGCAUAUUGUCUACAUGUCUAUGCUUCUGAAUACAGCUAUAAUAAGUAUUUUUUAAGUAAUUAUCUACAUUUGUAAACCGAGUGCAAUGUAUGGUCAUAAAAGUAAUUUUAUUCUAACCUUCUACUUGAAGGGUGCCUUGUGUAUCAAUUAUAUCAAGUUUAGUACCUCCAGAGUCACUAGCCGGGCUUUGGGGGCUACAAAAUAAUAAAAUAAUCAUCGAGUUAUGUCAGGCCAAUUUAUCGAGAGUUAAUUAAGUAUAGUUUCCUACAAUCGUAUGAAAGUUUAAAAUGUGCUUCACUUGUGCUAUAUAUACGGAUUUGUCGUUCUUAAUUAUUGAUGAAAUUCCGAGGGUGUGACUCAAUUACUCCAAGAGAGAAUAUCCAAGUAGGUUACAGAAGUGGUUCGCGAAUUGUAAUCUGUUAAUAUGUUGACAAAAUUUCCUUUAAUAAUGGUGCCGAUACGAAUCUAUCAUUCAUAAUUGCUUAUGAAAUUCCGAGAAUAAACCUCAAUGAAUUUAACAGAAAAUAUCUUGGAAGGUUACAGAAACAGACUCUCAAAAACUGCUCUUGAAUUCGAUUACUGUAAACAACAAUUAUUUACACGAACCAUGUGUUUUUCAGCGCGUUUGUAAGGUCAAAUUGCCAGAACCCCGUUGAAUUGCACGAUCACAGCUCGGACGCUUCUUGCAAAAUGUGAUGAAUACCAAUUUUAGAGAUUAAUUCUUCAGUUUCCAGCAUAAGGAAAAAAACUAUCGUAUCGCAAGCAUGUUCAUCACAACGCCUCGAGAUGUUGAGCGAAGAGAAAGUGGCUCCAUGUUUUGUGACACAAACCAUUUCCUGAAGUUCGAACGAAUCGAGUAGAGAGCAUGAAAACAUAGCGCUGAAAAGAACGACAACCAAACAAUUAAAUUCACUCAUCCUGCUGUAGAACCAUCUCCAUUUUAUCCGUGAGUUUGUUUGUACCACACAUUUGCGGUUCGUAAUUUGAUUCUCAAAUGUUUGGCGGGUUCUCACAUGACAAUAUCGUAAAAAUCAAAUAACCGCGUUAGACUUAAUGUAAACAUAAACAUCGCUGACUCAAUCCCAUUUUAUUUUAAAAAUUCUGGGAAGGCCAUUAAUUCGUUCUUAGGGUAAAACAACACAUCUUCGGCAAAGCGCAAAUUUUUCAAAUGAAUAGAGUAAAUCCUGCGAUGAUUAACUGAAGAGGAAAAAAAGUAGAAACUUGCGCUCGCCGUUCGACAUCAUUUGAAAACUUUCUAGGCAAAACAAAAUACUUAAGAUAACUUCUUUUCCCAUAACACCACGACUGUAUUAAACUUUCAAACGAAAGGACAAGAAAUAAUUUGAAGAUUACGAACACUUUGCAACAUUAUUCGAGCGAUGAACCGGCGUAAGAGUUUUUAGGCGAUGAAUGCCAGAGUUAAUGUUUAACCGAAACGUGAUCAGUUGAAUUAAAAACUGAAGCUAGUAUCAAACGACGAUUGGUUAAAAAAAAGUAUGAAUUUUUUUCUGGGUCUUAGCGUAAGAGAAAACCCAGAUAGGACACGACUUACCUCCUCUUUUUUCGCGGAUCCUUUGCAGUUCGCUUCUCUUUGUUGAUGACCUCUUUUCUGUCUGUUUUCAGAAGCGACCUGGUAUUUCCUUCUCGCGUUGCUCUUCGCUAGAAACUCGCCUUUUUACUUAUGCCCUUUAUUGUUCUCUUUCGUGUCCCUCUCGCCGUAUUCUGCCUAUUUUGGCGUACUUUGUAACUUUCUUUCUGGACUCGCUUUACGCCGUUUACUUGUUGCUUUCUUUGCCCGCUCUGUCUCUUUAUAUCCAGCCUAUUUUCAAUUAAAACCCUCCCUCCACGAACUUGAAUAAUAACAAUUUCCUCCGGUUGACAAAGCUUAAACUCUGCCGGUAUUGUUAUCUUACGAGUUGUUUCGAAAUUGCAAAAUACUGAGAAUUACUGUUCAUUCAUAUCCUGACCAGUUUGAUUUCCCGCUCAAAACGCGGGUGGCAAAUUUCAUCUGCUAGCUCACGUGAAGCCAUCGUGCAAUGCCUAACCGUGUGCCCGCAGUAAGCUACACUGCAGCUCGACGUUCGAGCGCACUUUAUCGUCAUCUGACGGUGUCUCUUGGCGCACACUAAUGUGAUAUCCAAGUUACGCGCGCAAUCGCGCCUGCGCAUUACCUUCUCCCUCGCCCUUCCAUUACGUAAUGGCUAAGAUAGUGCCCGUGGUACAGUUGGUCGCGCAUGCUAAAAGUAGCACCUUGUACGGUCGUACGGUCGUACGGUCGUACAACCAAAUUUUUUCGGCUUGAUGGGUUACUACUAAUUUGUAUAGUUAUGGGGCUACGCUCUGCGAGCUCCGCUAUAAUUUUGCUAAAAGCUUUGAAUGAGUGGGCUAGAUCACAGGAGAUGUUAUGCUAAAACGCAGAUUGCAGACUGCAGACUGUGCAAACCGCGCAGACCGUGCAGACCACGCUUUGUCCGCUCGAGAAUUUCAAAUGUUACAGUACGCGAGACACUGAGAAAUUCAUUCAUAACCUAUCACGCACUAUUAUGCGGUUAUUUUCAGCCUGAGAAAAAAAAAACGUUUUCUCGGUUACGAAAUUUUAUUUUACGUCUCGGUGGACGUUAAAUGACCGAUGAAACCCAUUCCAUGCCUGUGCCUUCUCAGGUCAAAAGUGAUUCGAACUCGUGGUCGAAGGUGAAGAAUUAGAAGACCAGGCGUCGACACAGAAAACAGAAGAGUUUAACGUUUGCACUUUACAUUAAGAAAAAGUCAAAAAUUCUGGUCCGCUCCUCUCCUGGUUAUGUUCGCGUUGAUCGGUUACAUUUAUUGAUUUAUUUUUGUGAUUAAUAAGUUUGUCAUGUAUGUGACAAGUUCUUGCUUAUAGGAGGCAAGAAGGAAAACGGGAUGGCGAAUAAUUUUGGAAGCUCCAUUCAGAAUGAAAAGUUGGCUCCACGCCGUUUAAUAAUUGCAAUCGAAUAAUUGCAAGAUAUUGUUCACCCGUUAUUUGGUCUCUAUGUAGAGGGGGCCUGGAACUCAACAGGCUCACCCAAGCGAAGGGAUCAAUUUUGGCCAGCCGCGUGCAAAUAUUCCGCCCAAAAUUUCAAACAAAAAUAAGGGUAGCAACCGCUGUCACGUAAACUAUGCCAAGAUACUUAAACGUUCAUAAAGAGUAGAGGAAAGAAAUCUCGACACUUUUCGAGCACAAAGCUUACUCAAUGACGGGUAUCCUGAUUAUUUAUCAUUUUGUGCUCGGCUAUAUCAUUUUAGGCUAGAUAAAAGUCAUGAGGUUCUACAAAACACCGUGACUUAUUGGAUUUUAUGAAAGUUUAUAACCCCUAGAAGGCAACUUGGUUCUAAAAUACUGGAACAUCGUGCGAAGACGUCUGACCAUUGCGUUGAACAUGCUAAUAAUGGCUAAGUAUUUUGUAGGUCUCAAGUGAUGGCACCAAAAGGCGGUUACAGGAAAAUCUCUGGUGAUGAAGAUAAAAAAGUCAGUUUUGUAUCUUCUCUUUUUUUUCGUUGGAUGAACGGAGUCCUUAAGGAGGGCAGUCAAAGACCUUUGGAUCAAAAUGACUUUUUACCCUUGUCAGACGAGACUUCUGGCCGUUUUGUCACCGACAAGCUUCAGAGGAUCUGGGAAAGCGAGAAAUAUCAGUGCAAGAUGAAUGGGAAAAGGCCCAAACUUUGGAGAAGCGUGUUUCAUAUGCUUCCUAUCAAAGAUGUUAUCAUCAUUUUGACGGGGAAUAUAUUGUUUACAACUUCUCGCCUUCUCCUUCCCCUGUUUCUCGGGUAUCUUGUUUCUAAGCUUAUGUCAACUGAGACAGAGAAUACGUAUCGGCUUUACGCCUGUGCAUUAGCUAUGUGCCUUAAUGGUUUGAUCGGUGGUCUUGGUAUGCACCAGCAAGAUUACAGAUGUGAAAUAUUGGGGAUCAAAAUAGGAAGCGCCCUGAGGGGACUGGUGUACCACAAGGUAGGCACGAUUCUAAAAAGUAUUCUAUGCAUUUUUCGAAGGCUCAACCGAUUUUUCUAAUUCUCUAAAUACCCAAAUUAAGCUGAACAAACUCGAAAACAUUUAUCCAUCUGAUAAAGAACGAUUUUUUCCAGAAAUCUGAUCGAUUUCAAUCAGCUUAUGCCAUAUGGAGACCCAGGUGUAAAGGGUUAUUAAACAUCGUCGCUUGUUGCUGCUUCUGCGAGAGCAAGCAAUCCUGCUCACCAACAAAAACAUCGAAGAAACAAACAGUGAAUUAACCAGUAGUUAAUGGGGAAGCAGGCUACAGAAACCAUAACAUACACGGCCGUGCUUUUCAGCGAGAUUCAAAAUGGCGCCUGAGUUGUCGCUCUUUUGACACAUUUAAAGAUAAUUUGGUAAAGAUUUGGAUACUCUCGUCUCAAAACGCAACCACGGAUAUCUUUAUUUCGGAGAUUCAACAAACAUUGCAAUACUCUCCUUUAAUGUCUAAUCUGUACUCUCUUUCAGACGCUUCUUCUCAGCAAGCAGAGGUUAUUAAAAUUCACUGCAGGACGGUUAUUCGACCUGAUAUCCAAUGAUGUUAAAAGAAUGGAAGAAGAGACAGUCAAGUUUUUUGUCGUAGCCGUUUCCGCAGUCCCUGCUUAUGCAGGGGCAAUAUUCCUUAUCUACAAUUUGAUUGGUUGGCAGGCUGUUACGGGUGUGUUCCUCCUGUGUAUUCUCAUGCCAUACUUUGCUGUCUUGUCCUAUGCUAAUGCUAAGCUGCGCUUGCGCACAGCUACAGUGUCCGAUCAGCGGAUCUCCCUAAUGAAUCAAGUAGUUUCCGGGAUCCGCGCGGUCAAAAUGCAUGCGUGGGAGGAGGAAUAUGGACGAAAGAUAAAACAUGUAAGAAGGUGAGGUAAUUAUCAUUUUUAUUCAGAAGGCUUCAACAACUAGCUUUAUUCAUUCCCGUAAUUGGUGAUCCACAUUAUUCAAAAGUCGGAAAUAGAUAACCAGAAAUCUGUUUUGUCUCCACUGAGAGCUUUAUCAACCGGCUAAGCAGUUUAAACAUGCCUAUCCUCCCCACAAAGAAAAAAAAAUAAGAAUCUUUAAACCGAUGUAUGAGCCAAUCAGAAUGCCUCUCUUCACAAAGAAUAAGUGUCUCAUGUAACCCAUUUGAUAACCGGAGGAUUGGCUGCUCAGUUAAAAAAUAUCAGGAUAUACUGAAUAGAGAGUGUGGAAGAGCGCUCUUACUGAUUGCUCAAACUCCGAAUAUCCCUUGCAAUUCAUCUCCGAGCGACCCGCGUGAGAUUCCCGUCCGAAAGCGAGUCAUCGCUCAUUAUUAUAGGUAGAACACCUCAUUGAGUCUAACUUGUCUUCAGUUCGUAUUUUUUUUCAUACGCUGUCGUGGGGUCGCAAAAGACGCACCUAAACAAAGAAGUGAACGAUGAGGAAGGGUGCGCUUCCCGCCGGCUCACCUCGUUAAUAUUUCAAAUUAGAGAGAACACUGACGUCGAGUUUGUUCGAAAGAAUACCCACAUAAUUUAUUAUAACCUUUUAUCUUCAGAAAUGAAACAAGCGUCAUUUCGAAGAGAGCAGCCAUUCAGUCAAGUAUCGAUGCCUUGUCAUUUAGUGCAACGCCACUGGCCACUCUGGUGUCAGUAAUUACUAUGGUGCUUACAGGCUACACCCUCACACCCGCCAAUGUUUUUAUGCUCCUGUCUUUUAUGGGUGUUUUAAAAUUGAGUGGCACGUUGAAUGUGACAUCUGGUUUAAUGGUAACGUAUGACGCCUACGUUUCGCUCGGAAGAAUCGAAGAAUUCCUUCUUUUGGAAAAUCUGUCAAAUACCUCGGAGAGUGAUGAAAACAACGAGCCCCAACAAAAUGCGAAAAGUACCCCAAGUAGCCAAAGUCGCAGUUACUUGAAAAAAAAAGAGGAAAAUAAUGAGAAAGUUUUCUCCUCUCGUGAAUCAACAGAAUUAGCGCCUCCUAUGUUAUGUGUGUCAAAUUUAAGCUGCGCAAAAAAGCAUCGUGAAGAUGAAUUUAUUCUUGAGGAUAUCAACUUCUUUGCACCUUCAAAGAGUUUAACAGUCAUCACCGGCCCGGUUGGAAGUGGUAAGUCUACUCUACUCUCAGCGAUCGCUGGUGAAAUUGCGAACGCCAGUGGGACGAUUGAUUAUCAAGGUUCUGUUAUUUACUUGCCUCAGACUGCUUGGGUGUUCUCGGGAACGAUAAAAGAAAACAUUCUGUUUGGCCAGCCCCUCGAAGAGUCCAAGUACGAAAGAAUAAUCGGCGUCUGCACUCUGAAAGAAGACUUUAAGCGGUUACCUGGUGGUGAUCAAACAGUUGUUGGAGAACGCGGCGAGGUUCUGAGUGGAGGGCAACAGGCGAGAGUAAGUUUAGCGCGAGCAGUUUAUGCUGACGGAGACAUUUAUCUACUGGAUGAUCCACUGAGUGCUGUCGAUUUUAAAGUUAGUCAACACAUCUUUAACAAGUGCAUCAAAGAUCUACUAGGCGAUAAAAUUGUUCUGUUUGCCUCUCAUCAGCAACAGCACAUGGAAAAUGCUGAUCAAGUGAUUGUGUUGUACAAAGGGCGUGUCCUCGACAAGGGACGCUUUACUGAACUGCACGACAAAGGUGUAAUCAGUUCAAUUAUUGACCCGCUCUAUAAAGCAGCUCUGAAGGACAAAACGGACUCACCUGAGCCGUUCGGCUGGGAAGAUAAGGAGGAAGACGAUGAUGCUGAAAAAUGCCAGAAAACACAUGCUUUGCCCAAUGAAGCGAGGAGUUUGGAGAUAGCAAAGGAGGAUCGGGUAAUCGGAGUUGUGACAUCCAGGCUUUAUUGGGACUAUUUCAGAAGUGGAGCACAUCCCUUGAUUAUAACUGGAAUGGUUGGUUUAAGUCUCAUUACUCAAGGUAAACUCAUUGUUAGAGUGAGUUACAAACCUUGGGUCAGGCCCUAGAAGGGAGGACAGCAACCGUUUGCCUAUAAUUCUUUUAUUCUACUUCUUUUAUUCUAUUUCAUGCAAAUCGUUUCACAAUGGCUAUGCUAUAAACUGACAAUACGCGUUGUUUUUAAAUUCUAUGGUAGAGUUAAGAGACACUGUACAAAUUUUUGACCAUGUUCCCGAUAUCUCAUUUGCUCGUACAAGCGCGAAGCAAGCGGGAGUCGAACGUGAAUGGCGAGUCACGCGCGGAAGAAAGAGCCGAUGUUUUGCUCCUCGCGUUUGCCUUGCACUUGCCCCACUCCCCUAAAAAAGGUAAAAAACUCGUUUCUAACUAACUUUCUGAGACAAAAUGUAGUUUUUUAGCAAUAUUAAUGUGUAACAUGAUUGACUGCCUACACAAAACGCAUCUAUUCUGUGACAUUGUGGUGCUUACAUAAACAUCCCCAUAAUACAAACGAAAAUACCUAACCCAGGCAGGUGUGUCUAAGCCCAAUAAAUCUUGCAAUGUUUAACUGAAUGAUCAUAUAGAAAUACCUUUCAACCACCACAUGUUGAUCUUAUCUCUUUCAGCCAUUAUAGUUGCUCCAGACUUGUGGCUCUCGUUUCUUGCAAGGCUAAACCCAGAGGAUCAGAAGACUUGUCUGUCUGUCUUCGCCUGUCUGGUUGGCGCGUGUUUUAUAUUUACUAUCGUUCGGGCUUAUGGAUUCUUAAAUGUUUGUCUAAAGUGCGCCGAGCGCCUCCACGAUGAAAUGGUUGUGGCCAUUUUACAAGCACCUGUCCUGUUCUUUGAUUCAAAUCCAGUGGGAAGAAUCCUAAAUCGCUUCUCCAAUGAUAUUGGCUGCGUAGAUGAAUUGUUACCGAAAACGUUCCUGGCGGCAAUGCAGAUGCUUUUGGUGAUAUUCGCCCAAAUUCUGGUAACAGUUGCCACAAAUGUUUGGCUGAUGUUUCUUGUUGUUCCAAUUUCCGUGCUGGUCGUUUUUCUAUCCAAUUAUUACUUGAAGACUGCCAGAGAACUAAAAAGGUUAGAGUCGAUAACCCGAAGCCCAGUGUUUGCUCAUUUUUCAGAGACCCUGAUAGGACUGGACACGAUUCGUACGAGAGGAAGACAAAGAGAUUUUGUGGAUGGACUAUACAGGUAUGUUAGAGACAUUGAUUGAGGUUGUGGUGCCAGAGCCAAUAAAUGCACAGGUGACAAAUGACUCGUGAUUGCUUAUUUUCUGUUGGCUAUUUAUUUUUUAUUUACCGGCAAUACACGCAAUUGCAUCACGCGUCUUUUGCAGUCCUAUCUGGUAUGUACUGAGAGACUGGUCAGCAAGUGGACCUUCCCGUACGAUGCACGGUCGCGAAACGAAGCUAUCCAGUGGUGAGACUACAGUAAUUGCUCUGUGCGGUUCUUGCUGGUUCUUCUGAUAGGAUUUCAACAGACCCAUAGUACGAACGGUCAAUCAACAAGAUCGCGUAAUGCAGAAAUUUCACGAUUAGUCAAAACUGUAGCAAAUUUAUCGAACGUGAUUGGUCAUCAUUAGCCCGAUUAGGGGAAUAAUAGCACAGUGUAAGUGUCAUGCUUGUAAUUGGACAAUGUGAUAGGACAGUUGACAAGUCAUGCCAGCGUGUAAAUUUAUGCGCGCGCUGUUGUCGGGAAUUUCGUCGUUUUUUAUGAAAACGUAUAACUGUUGUCUAGUUUCUUUCUCCAAUUUUGUCAUAGUUUUGAUUAAUUGGUAAGAGAACGCCAUGUCGUCCAAUUUCGUCCCGCUUCGCAGUCGUCCUUUGUUAAUCUUUCGUAUUUUUCCAGACCGAAUUGGACCCCGUUAUGAGUUUAACAGGAAAUACAGACAAGUGCCAAUCGUCUUCUCCUUCUGAGAAAUGUUAUACUUAGAAUAAGAGAUAUAGUUCUGAUAGUGAACAAUUAAGAAUUGGUUGUUUUUAGAGAAUUUACCAUUUUUAAAGGAAGAGUAUCCAUAUCGUUAAAAAAUUUGGCGCUAACGCCUCUCACUUCAUCUCGACGAAUGGAGCAUCUCUGGUUACGGAAGUGAUCUUUCAGAUAUUUAGCUGGAGGCUUACGAAUGUUGAUUGGAGAGUAAAAUCAUUUUGAGAGGGUGGGGUGUCGGGCAAAAUUUGUUGAAGGACUCCAUUACAUUGUCAGACCAAAGGAGACACUGGUCUCACUUCAGUGUGCAGACCAAACGAGGAAACGGCAUUGAACGUUGACAAACGCGUUCGACUAAUAGGUGGUUGGUUUUGCGCAAUUUUGCUGGACCAAUCACUUAGCAAAGUAAUACAAAGCUCAUACAAUCCGGUUUAUUGUCAACAGUCAACUAAAAAAUCACUCCAUUAUUAAAACUUAUUAUGAUUAAAACUCGUCCCCUCAGAUAUCAAGAUGUUCAUAAUCAGGCGUACAUUAUGGUGAUGGCCAGUGGUAGGUGGCUCGGUGCACGUUUGGAUUGUCUCGCUUCCUUGUUAGUCGGUGCAGUCGCUGUGGCUGCAAUCUUGGUAUCUCAAGAUGCCGGUAAGCUCAAGAUUCUUAGGAACAUUUUUGAGUCUUUCUAUGUAAAAAAAGAACUUAUAUAAUCGUUCUUUAACAUAGCAUGAACAACUGAAUAAUUUUAUAAAAUAGGUGUGACUAUACGUGCUGAGCAAACUUUGAAGUGUCUUCUAUGAUUUAAAAGAGAAACUUGUGUCGAUGACUCCUCUGUACCUCCUUAGCUUGGAGUCAAAACAACAACACUUAGAAAGACGUAAAAAAGACACGUUAUUUAUUCCCUCCUAUUAAGUGACUGCCUUGACUAGGCUAGGUAACCUAGCCUUGUGAAGUUUUCGUUAUAUGUUUUGAGCUAUCAAGAGAAAACAAGUCCGAAAUGAUAGAUUAAGGUUCAAUUUUUUUUCAGCUUACGCUGGUCUCGCUCUUGUUUAUGUCAUCGAAACUCUGAGCUCGACUCAAUACGCUGUUAGAAAAUCCUCUGAAGUGGAAAACUACAUGACGUCAGUUGAGCGAGUUAUGACCUAUACCAAACUUGACCGGGAGCCUGGAUACGAGGAAGAACGAACACCCAGAGACUGGCCUUGGAGAGGAUGUAUUGUGUUGAGAGAUGUAUCACUGACGUACUAUCCGGGAGGACCUCAAGUGCUGAAAAACAUCAAUCUUGGCAUCAAAGCAGGAGAAAAGAUCGGAGUUGCCGGCCGUACGGGAGCUGGGAAGUCAUCUUUUGUAGCAGCUCUUAUGCGCAUGCCUGAUGCUGAUGGAGAGAUAAUCAUCGACGAUUUCCCAAUUAAAGAGAUAGGCCUCCAAGAAGCUCGACGAGGUAUCUCGGUUCUAGGCCAAAGUCCUGUUCUUUUUAGCGGAUCAUUAAGGAAAAAUCUCGACAUUUUUGACAAAUUUCAAGACACUGAAUUAUGGCAGGCUUUAGAAGAUGUGCAACUGAAAGACUUUGUCAAGACACUUGAGGCCAAGCUGGAUCACGAACUGCUGGAACAUGGCGCUAAUGUGAGUGUCGGAGAGCGGCAGUUAAUUUGCUUGGCUCGUGUGCUGCUACAGCGAAGUAAAAUCGUCGUCUUGGACGAGCCAACUGCGCAUGUUGACCCAAAGACAGAGCAGAAGAUUUGGAAUGUAGUGCGGAACAAACUGAAGGAGUCCACAGUCAUCACUAUAGCUCACCGUUUAAACACGAUAAAAGACUGCGAGAAGGUUUUGCUCUUGAAAGAUGGAAAAGUGAAAGGAUUUGACAAAUUUGAUUCAAUUAUGAACAUUAAGUGAGAUGCAGUCUAAGGUUAAAAUACCUCGACUGUCA